AUGUACGUUCUGUUACCUGAUACUGAUCGCUCCCAACACUGCUCAGAACGAACCCGAAUAGCAGCCCGUUUUUUUUCCACUCCAUACGUCACCCUCACCCUCCUUACACGCAGAUCACAAAAUACAUUGGCGCAAUCAAGUGAUGAGUGCCCUGUUACCCUUCCAAAAUAUUUCGGCUCCCAAAUCACGGCACAAACAAGCACGAAGACUCUAGUCGCCAGUAUUCAACACAAUGCCCAGAGCGUUCCUCAUUCACGUAUGGGUUAUCAUCCCGCACCGUUGGCGCCACCCAAACCCCAAUCAACUCAACCUUCCACAAGACACUUUGACCCAUUUUAUGGUCACGAGCCUUCGCCGUUGUGCGCGCAGUUCAAAAACCAUCUGUUUGCUUGUCCCGAAUACCCCCCAUCGUCUUCUAACUCUCAAGUCAAGCUCCCCCAUUUCAUCGCAUAUGCCCUCCACCGCACGAAGUUGCAUUCAUCUGUUACCUUCGCUGCUCUCGUCCUCCUCCAGCGAUUGAAAGCACGCUUCCCUACCGCUCGGGGAUCUUCGGGACAUCGCCUGUUCAUAUCCGCAUUCAUGCUCGCCUCCAAGGUCAUCUGCGACGAUACUUACUCAAACAAAUCCUGGAGCAUCGUGGCCCAGGGUAUGUUCCAGCUCAGGGAGAUCAACCAGAUGGAACGUGAGAUGUGUCAGUACCUGGAGUGGGAGCUUAAUGUGGACCCAGUAACGCUGAGGGAGUUCGAGGAAAUGGUGAAGAAAUAUUUCGUAGGUCAAGGUCCCUACCCUACUUACAUACUACCCUCCUCAUCCAAGACCACCCCUCCUCCUACCACGAAUCCAUUCCCGCCUCCCCCAACCGCUUUGGCGCCUACUCCGUCGUAUGGUCAUCGUUACCCUUCUCCACCAAAGCCCACAUACCCUCCACCCAGCACGUACAUUACCCCACCGACAACGCCAGACACGCCGUCGCCGAGUUAUUCUACAUCGACGUCCCCAGCCUCAACCGCAUCGCCACCAACACCACCAACACCACCAGGUAUGGAGGACUGUACCGCCCGUAUAGUAUCGGCGUCAUCAUCGCCCAGUAUACAAAUUGAAGCUUAUAUAGUCUGUGGUAGGGCAUCCUAA